AGGCAGAGGCUGACUUUCAGGUUGGGGUUUAUUUAUUUAUCUGAAUUUAGUUUCUGGAUUCCGGUCUCCCCGACAAACCUACAGACGCAGGUCAGAUCCAGACUUCCUAAGAGCUGGUUUUCCCUCACAUGGUCUCUCUGUAAAUACGCUCUGCCCUGUGCGUGACUUUACACAGCUGCUCUGUGUGUGUGCAGCCAUCAGCGCACGGAGCCGCGCCGCACCCCCGGCUGCAGCGGUCACCCGCCGUCUUUCUCUCGCGCACGGGAGGCGCAGGGGAAGUGCGGGGCCUGGUGCGGCGGCGCUGCCUGAGCCCCAUGGCGGAGCUCCCACGGGCUGCGGCGGGCUCGGGCCCGGCCGGAGGCGGCAGGCUCGGGCUCCAGGCGAUCACGGCCCCGGAUCCCCGGCCUGCGCGGAGUGGAAAGGUAGAAGGCCAGCAGAAUGGUGAAACAGUCCCAGCUGAGCAAGCAAACACUUCAGAUGACACAGUUACGGGUGCUGGGAGUCUUCAGAAUGAUCAGAUAGUUCAGAAAAUAGAGGAAGUACUGUCUGGGGCCCUUGAUACAGAGCUACAGUGUAAAUCAGGUGUGGAGGAAGAUUCAGUGAAAAAUAGCUCUUCAUCUACAAAAAGAGGCCCUACUGACGAAGUAGAAGAUGAAAUUCCAAGAAAAAAAUCAAAAAAGAACAAGAAACACAAAAGCAAGAAGAAGAAGAAGAAAAAGAAGAAGAAAAGGAAGAAAGAAAAAAAACAUAAAAAGCAGCCAAAGGAAUCAAAAUUAAGUGCACAGUAUGGAGAGCAUGCAGAUUUACAACCUGCUUCUCACUCAAAGACAGAAAAAUUGGGCUCAAAGUUGAUCACACAGCCUGGAGGGCAUGCAGAUUCAGAUCUUGCUGGUCAAAUGCAGCCAGAAGAAUUGGGCACAAAAUUGAGUGCAGAGUACAUGGGGCAUUCAAUUAAAAGACUCACACCUCAUUUGCUAUCAGAUUCUGAAUCAUCUGUGGAAAAACUUGGGAGUGAAAAAACAAACUUGGCCUUGACUGAUAUACACAGUUCAGAAACCAGCAAAUUGGAUACCCAGGAAGAAAAUACUAGUACAAUGAAAAUUCAAGAGCAAGCUAAAGUAAAAUUAUUGGUGAAUAAGACUCAUGAAAGUAUAUAUCAUAUAGCUAUUAAUAUGAAUGCAAAGGGUGGACCUUUACCAGUUAAAGACACUGAAAAUGGUACUGUGUCUACCAACAGAACUGGAGUUGCUGGUAAAUCUGAAAUUGAAAAGGAUUUGGAAGCUAUUCCAGCCUCUGAGAUAACAGAAGAACUAAAAGAUUCAGAAGCUACUUCAGAAGCUACUCUGAAAUCGAUGGGCAUGGUGGAGGUGAAAGAAUUAGAAACAACCUUAGAAUCUGAGGCCAUGGCAAAGAUUAAAUUUUCAGAAGCAAUUCUAAAAUCUCUGACUAUGGCGACUUCAGAGGGUUUGGAUGCCCCUCUAGAAUCUGUGGCCAUAGCAGAGGUGAAAGCAACUCUAGAAUCUGUGGCUGUGACAAAUGAUUUGGUAGAAACUCCAACAUCUGUAGUUGUAAUGGAGACGAAAGCUUUGGAAGGAACCGCAGAAUCUGUUGUCAUGACAGAUAUGAAAGGUUUGGAAGCCACUCUAGAAACUGUGGGUGUGUCAGAGGCAAAAAGUUUGGAAGGAGGGCUUGAAUUUGUGACUGUGCCAGAUGAUUUGGUAGCAACUUCAAAAUCUGUGGCCAAGGCAGAGGUGAAUGGUUUGGAAGCAAUACCAAAAUCUGCAUCUAUGGGGGAGGUGAAAGGUUCAGAACCUGUUGUGAAUGCAAAAGAUUUGGAAGCCGCUCUAAAACCUGCAAUGGAGAGGAAAGAUUUGGAAAUAACUCCAGAAUCUCUACACAUGGAGGAGGUGAAAGGUGCAGAAGGAGCCCUAGAGUCUGUGGCUAUGGCAAUAGAUUUGGAAGGAACCCUCAAACCUGCUCCUCUGGCAGAGGCAAAAGAUUCAGAUGCACCAUCACUGUCUCUGCAAAUAGAAGAUAUGAAAGAGUCAAAAGGAUUCCUAGAAUCUGUGGCCAUGGCAAAAGGUCCAGAAACAAUCCUAGACCCUGCAGGGGUGACAGAGGUGAAAGAUUUGCAAGAAAUUCCAGAAUUGCUGCACAUACAGGAUAUGGAAGCUUUGGAAGCAUCCUUAGAACCUGUGGUCAUGACAACAGGUCUGGAAGUGGCUCUAGAACAUGUGGCUGUGGCGAAAGGUGCAACUCCACUUUCUAUGCAAAUGGAAAAAGUGAAAGAUUUGGAAGGAGCCCUAGUAGAAUCUGUGGCAGUGGCAAAAGGUUCAGAAGCAGCCCUAGAACAUGUUGUCUUGGCAGAGAAUAAAGGUGUGGAACCAACUUCACUAUCUCUGCAAAUGGAAGAUGUGAAAGAUUCGGAAGGAGCUCUAGAAUCUGUUGCCAUGGAAGAAGGCUCAGAAGCAACCCAAGAACCAGUGACAGAGGCAAAAGACUUGGAAGCAAUCUUAGAAUCUGUCUCGGAGGUGAAAGGUUCAGAACCAGCACCGCUGUCUCUGCAGAUGGAAGAUGUGAAAGGUUCAGAAGGAGGUGUAAAAUCUUUGGCCCUGGCAAAAGGGUCAAAACCAACCCUAAAAGCUGUGGCUGUGGGGGAGGGAAGAGGUUCAGAAGCAACUCUGCUGUCUCUGGAAAUGGAGAAUGUGAAAGAUUCAGAAGGAGCCCUAGAAUCUGAGGCCGCGGCAAAAGAUUUAGAGGCAACUCUAGAACCGGUGGCAGAGGUGAAAGAUUCGGAAGCAAUGCUUCGGUCUCUGCAAAUGGAAGAUGUGAAAGAAUUAGAAGGAACCCUAGAAUCUGUCGUGGCGGCAAAAAGUUCAGAAGCAACCCUAGGGCCUGUGGCCAGGGUGGAGGAGAAAAGUGCAGAAACCCCUCCACUAUCUCUGCAAAUAGAAGAUGUGACAGAAUCAGAAGGAGUCCUAGAAUCUAUGUCUGUGGUGAAGUUGAAGGCUUUGGAAGCAGCCUUUGAGUCUGUAGUCAUGGUAGAGGUGAAGGAUUUAAAUAAACUUGUACAAGCUGAGUCUGAGGUCACAACUCAGUUUAAAGAUUUGGAAGCAAUUCCCAAAUGUCUGUGCAUGGAGGGAGAUUUGGUAAUAACUCCAGAAUCUGAGACAACAUCAGAAGUGAAAAACAUGGAAAUAGUUGGACAAUCUGAAUCACUGGCAGAAGUGAAAGAUUUGGAAACCACCCCAGAAUCUGAGGCAGUGGCAGAGUCAAAGGAUUCAGAAACAACUACAGAAACUCAGGUGCUGAUGGAAGUGAAAGAUUUGAAAACAAUUCCACAAUCCCAAGUCAUGACAGAAGUAAGUGACUUGAAAAUAUCUCCACAUACUGAGGUGGAGGUGAUGAAAGGUUUUGAAACAGCUACAAAGUCUGAUGCCACUAUAAUAGAGAUGGAAGAUUCUGAAUCAACUCUGGAAUCUAGGGCAGUAGUGGAAGUGAAAGAUCCGGAAGCCACACCGGCAAUGACUGGCAUAAAAUAUUCUAAAAAAUGUCUAGAAUCUGAGGCCAAGGCAGAGUUGAAACAUUCAGAAGCUACCCCAGAAUCUUUACACCUUACAGACUUGAAAGAUUCUGGAAAAACUCUGGGACCUGAGAUGAUGAUGCAAAUUAAAGAUUCAAAAACAAUUCAAAAAUCGGAGCCCGUCACUCUGGUAAAAGAUUCUGAAGCUAGUCGAGAAUUGCUGCAUAUAGUAGUAAAAGAUUUGCAAUCAACUCUAGAACCUGAGACUGUGACAGUGGUGAAAGAUUUGAAGGAAACUCUAGAGUGUGAGAUGGUGGUGGCGAAAGAUUUGGAAACAACCCUAAAAUCUGAAGUAGUCAUGGAUGUAAAGCAUUCUAAGGCUGCUCCAGAAUCUUUGUAUAAAGCAAAGGUAAAGGAUUCAGAAGCAGUUCCAGAAUCUCUCUGCUCAUCGAAGGUGAAAGUUGCAGAACUAGCUCUAGAAUUGGAGGCGGCAGCAAAAAUGAAAGAUUUGAAAGAAACCCUAGAAUCUAAGGUCAUGGUAGAUGUGAAAGAUUUGGAAGCUGCUUCAGAAUCUGUGGUCAGGAUGAAGGUAAAAGAUUUGGAAGAAAUUCCAGAACAUUGGCAGCCAGUGGAUGUGAAAAUUUUGGAAGCAUCUCUGGAAUCUGAGGAAACAGUAGAAGUAAAAUAUUCAGAAGCAACUCCAGAAGCGCAGGUGUUGACAGAGACUAAAGAUUUGGAAGAAACUCUGGAAACUCUGUACACUGCAGAGGUGGAGGAGUUGGAAAAAAUUACAGAAUCUAUGCCAAUGGUAGAGGUGAAAGAAUCUGAGGCUGUGACGGAUCUGAAAUUCUCAGCAACAACUCUAAAAUCUGAUAAAACAGUGGAGGUGAAAAUUUUGGAAGAUACACCAGAAUCUUUGACAGUGGAAAAGAUACAAAGUUCAAAAGCAUAUCUAGAAUCUCUGCACGCUGAGGAAAUGAAAGAUUUGGAAGCAGAUCUAGAAGCUGAGGCUGCAACAGAUCUGAAGGAUUUGGAAGAAACUUCGGGCACUGUGCAGGUGAAAUAUUCAGAAGCAGUUUUGAAAUCUGUGGGCAUAGCAGAGAGAAAACAUUUGGAAACAACUGUAGAAAGUCCUAAUGCAGUGCUAGAUUUGGAAACCGUUUUAGAAUCUCAGCACAUUGUGGAUCUGAAAUUUCUGGAAACUCCUGAGAUUCCUGAGUUAACAGUGGAGGUGAAAGAUUCUGAAGCAGCUCUAGAAUCUGAGGCUAUUACAGAGGUAAAUGACUUGCGACCUAUUCCAGAGUCUGUGGCCACGGUGGAGGUGAAAGAUUUGAAAGCAGUUCCAGAUUCUCUUCACACAGUAAACAUGAAUAACUUGGAAGCAACUCCAGAAUUGGCGGCAGCUGCAAAGGUGAAAGACUUGAAAGCAGCUCCAGAAUCUGUGGUGGCAAUAGCAGAGGUGAAGGAUUUACAAGCAGCUCCAGAAUCGGCAGCAGUGGCGAAAGAUUUGGAAGUAACUCCAGAAUAUGUGGUGAUGCUGGCAGAGGUGAAAGAUUCAGAAGUAGUUCCAGAUUCUCUGCAUACCAUAGAUGUGAAAGAUUCUAAAACAAUUCCAGAAUCUGUGGUAGUGGUUUCAGAGGCGAAGGAUUCAGAAGCCGCUCCAGAAUCUGUGGCGGCAGUGGCAGAGUUGAAAUACUCAGAAACAAGUCCAGAAUCUGUGGUGGUGACUGCAGAAAUGAAAGAUUUAGAAGCAGCUCUGAAAUCUGUGGUGGUGGCAGAGGUGAAGGAUUUGAGAGCAGCUCCAGAAUCUUUGGCUGCAGAGGUGACAGAUUUGGAACCAGCGCCAGAUAUUCUGCGUCCUGUAGAUGUGAAAGAUUCUGGAUCAACUACAGAAUCUGUGAUAGCGGCUGAAGAGGUGACAGAUUUGGAAGCAGCUCCAGAUUUUCUGCACACUGAAGAUGUGAAAGAUUCUGAAAGAACUCCACAAUCUGUGGUAGUGGCUGCAGAGGUGAAAGAUUCAGAAGCUGCUCCAGAAUCUGUUGUGACAGUGGCAGAGUUGAAAUAUUCAGAAACAAGUCCGGAAUCUGUGGUGGCUACUGUAGAAAUGAAAGAUUUAGAAGCCGUUCUGGAAUCUGUGGCAGUGGCAGAGGUGAAGGAUUUGCAGGCUGCUUCAGAUGCUGUGGUGGCGGUGACAGAGGUGAAAGAUUUGAAAGCAUCUCCAGAAUCUUUGGCAGCAGUGGCAGCAGAAGUGACAGGUUUGGAAGCAGCUCCGGAUUUUCUGUGUACUGUAGAUGUGAAAGAUUCUGGAACAACUGCAGAAUCUGUGAUAGCAGCUGAAGAGGUGACAGAUUUGGAAGCAGCUCCAGAUUUUCUGCACACUGAAGAUGUGAAAGAUUCUGAAAGAACUCCACAAUCUGUGGUAGUGGCUGCAGAGGUGAAAGAUUCAGAAGCUGCUCCAGAAUCUGUUGUGACAGUGGCAGAGUUGAAAUACUCAGAAACAAGUCCGGAAUCUGUGGUGGCUACUGCAGAAAUGAAAGAUUUAGAAGCCGUUCUGGAAUCUGUGGCAAUGGCAGAGGUGAAGGAUUUGCAGGCUGCUACAGAUGCUGUAGUGGUGGUGGCAGAGGUGAAAGAUUUGAAAGCUGUUCCAGUUUCUCUGGUGGCGGUGGCAGACGUAGAAGAGUCAGAAGGCACUCCAAAAUCUGUGGGGGUGGCUGCAGAGAUGAAAGAUUUGGAAGCAGCUCCAGAAUCUGUGGUGACCAUGGCAGAGGUGAAAAAUUUGGAAGCACCUCCAGAUUCUUGGUAUACAGUGUACGUUAAAGAUCCAGAAACAACUCAAGAAUCUGUGGCAGUGACAGCAGAGGUGAAGGAUUCAGAAGCAACUCCAGCAUUUGGGGCGAUGGCGGCAGAGGCAAAAGAUUCAGAAGCAGCUUCAGAAUCUGUGGCAGUAGCGGCAGAGGUGAAGGAUUUGCAAGCUGCUCCAGAUUCUCUGGUGGCAGUGGCAGAGGUAGAAGAUUCAGAAGCAGCUAGUGUUUCUCUGCAUACUUUAGGUGUGAAUGAUUCAGAAGCAGCUCCAGAAUCUGUGGUGGCUAUGGCAGAGGUGAAAAAUUUGGAAGCAUCUCCAGAUUCUCUGUAUACACCGUAUGUUAAAGAUUCAGAAACUACUCAAGAAUCUGUGACAGUGACAGCAGAGGUGAAUGAUUCGGAAGCAACUCCAGCAUUUGGGCCAGUGGCGGAAGAGGUGAAAGAUUUGGGAGUGGCUCCAGAAUCUGUGGCUGAGGUGAAAGAUUUGGGAGGGCCUCCAGUAUCGGUGGUGGCUGUGGCAGCGGUGGAAGUUUCGGGAGUGGCUCCGGAAUUGGUGGUGGUUGUGGCAGAGGCAAAAGAUUCCGAAGCGGCUCCAGGAUCUGUGGCAGAAGUGAAGAAUGAUGAUCUUUUUAAAAAAAAGAAAGCACAUGAAAAAAGUAACAAGAGUAGUGAUAAACAUAAACAAGAUGCAAAGAAAUUAAAAAGGAGUAAAUCUAAAUCUCUUUCACGAUCCAGGAAGCGGAAAAAAAAGUCCAGGUCACGUUCUGUCUCUAAACAUUUGAAAUAUAAAAGAGCAAGGUCUAGGAGCAGAAACUACUCAGAUUCCAGAAAGAACCAUUCCACAUCUUAUGACAAGUCUAGAUCCAGAUCUGUGGAAAAAAGAGGGGGCAAAGACUCUUCCUGGAGGUCCAGACGCAGGCGCUCCAGGUCCUCUGAUGGUCUCAAGUCAAGAUCCAGAUCCAUUGAUAAAAGGGAAGGCAAAGACUCUUCCUGGAGGUCCAGACGCAGGCGCUCCAGGUCCUCUGAUCGUCUCAAGUCUAAAUCCAGAUCUGUUGAAAAAAGAGAGGGAAAAGAUUCUUCACGGAGGUCUAGACGCAGACGCUCCAGGUCCUCUGAUCGCCUCAAGUCUAGAUCCCGAUCUGUUGAAAAAAGAGAGCGCAAAGAUUCUUCACGGAGGUCUAGACGCAGACGCUCCAAGUCCUUGGAUCGUCUCAAGUCUAGAUCCAGAUCUGUUGAGAGAAAAGGGCGCAAAGACUCUUCCUGGAGGUCCAGACGCAGACGCUCCAAGUCCUCUGAUCGUCUCAAGUCUAGAUCCAGAUCUGUUGAAAAAAGAGAGCGCAAAGAGUCUUCACGGAGGUCUAGGCGCAGACGCUCCAAAUCCUCUGAUCGUUUCAAGUCCAGAUCCAGAUCCAGAUCUUUUGAAAAAAGAGGUGGAAAAGAAUCUUCCUGGUGGUCCAGACGCAGACGCUCCAAGUCCUCUGAUCGUUUCAAGUCCAGAUCCAGAUCCAGAUCGGUUGAAAAAAGAGGUGGCAAAGAAUCUUCCUGGAGGUCUAGACGCAGACGCUCCAAGUCCUCUGAUCGUCUCAAAUCAAAAUCCAGAUCCAGAUCUUUUGAAAAAAGAGGUGGCAAAGAAUCUUCGUGGAGGUCUAGACGCAGACGCUCCAAGUCCUCUGAUCGUCUCAAAUCAAAAUCCAGAUCCAGAUCUGUUGAAAAAAGAGGUGGCAAAGAAUCUUCCUGGAGGUCCAGACGCAGACGCUCAAAAUCCUCUGAUCGUCUCAAGUCAAGAUCGAGAUCUGUUGAAAAAAGAGGGGGCAGGGACUCUUCAUGGCGGUCUAAACGUAGACGUUCCAAGUCCUCGGAUCGUCUCAAAUCUAGAUCCAAAUCUGUUGAAAAAAGAGGGGGCAGAGACUCUUCACGGAGGUCUAAACGUAGACGCUCCAAAUCCACCGAUCAUCGCAAAUCUAGAUCCAAAUCUGUUGAAAAAAUAGGUAGUAAAGAGUCUUCACGGAAGUCGAAACGUAGACGUUCCAAGUCCUCUGAUCGUCUCAAAUCUAGAUCCAAAUCUAUUGAAAAACUAGGAAGCAAAGAGUCUUCACGGAGGUCCAGACGCAGAUGCUCGAAAUCCUUUGAUGGUCUAAAGUCUAGAUCUAGAUCCAAAUCUGUUGGAAAAAGAGAGAGCAAGGAGUCUUCACAGAGAUCUAGAAGUAAACACUCCAAGUCUUUUGAACAUCACAAAUCUAGAUCCAAAUCUGUUGAAAGAAUAGAGGUACAGGAACCUUCACGGAGGUCUCGAAGUAGCCGCUCCAAGUCUUCUGAGCCUCACAAGUCCAGAUCCAAAUCUGUUGAAGAAAUAGAGGCUCAGGAACCUUCACAGAGAUCUCGAAGUAGCCGCUCCAAGUCUUCUGAAUGUAACAAAUCUAGAUCCAAAUCUGUUGAAAGAAUAGAGGUACAGGAACCUUCACGGAGGUCUCGAAGUAGCCGCUCCAAGUCUUCUGAAUGUAACAAGUCCAGAUCCAAAUCUGUUGAAGAAAUAGAGGCUCAGGAGCCUCCACUGAGGUCUCGAAGUAGCCACUCCAAGUCUUCUGAAUGUCAUAUGUAUAGAUCCAAAUCUGUUGACGAAAUAGUGGCUCAGGAGCCUUCACAGAGGUUUCGAAGUAGCCGCUCCAAGUCCUUGGAACAUCAUCAAUCUAGAUCCAAAUCUGUUGAAGAAAUAGAGGGCAAAGAAUUGUCACAGAGGUCUCAAAGUAGCCGCUCCAAGUUUUCUGAAUGUCACGAAUCCAGAUCAAAAUCUGUUGAAGAAAUAAUGGUUCAAGAGCCUGCACAGAGGUCUCGAAGUAGCCCCUCCAAAUCUUCUGAACAUCUCCAAUCCAGAUCCAAAUCAGUUGAAGAAAUAGAAGUGCAGGAGCCUUUACAGAGGUCUCAAAGUAGCCGCUCCAAAUCUUCUGAACAUCUCCAGUCCAGAUCCAAAUCUGAUGAAGAAAUAGAGGUGCAGGAGAUUUCACAGAGGACUAAAAGCAGCCGCUCUGAGUCUUUGGAACGUCAAAUGUCUAGAUCCAAAUCUGUUGAAAAAGUAGAAUGCAAAGAUUCUUCACAGAGGUCUCGAAGUAGCCGCUCCAAGUCUUCUGAACGUAUCACGUCUAAAUCCAAAUCUGUUGAAGAAAUAGAAGCUCAGGAGUCUGCAGAGAGGUCUCAAAGGAGCCGCUCUGAGUCUUUGGAACGUCAAAUGUCUAGAUCCAAAUCUGUUGAAAAAGUAGAAUGCAAAGAUUCUUCACAGAGGUCUCGAAGUAGCCGCUCCAAGUCUUCUGAACGUGUCACGUCUAAAUCCAAAUCUGUUGAAGAAAUAGAAGCUCAGGAGUCUGCAGAGAGGUCUCAAAGGAGCCGCUCUGAGUCUUUGGAACGUCAAAUGUCUAGAUCCAAAUCUGUUGAAAAAGUAGAAUGCAAAGAUUCUUCACAGAGGUCUCGAAGUAGCCGCUCCAAGUCUUCUGAACGUGUCACGUCUAAAUCCAAAUCUGUUGAAGAAAUAGAGGCCCAGGAGCCUGCAGAGAAGUCUCGAAGCAGCCGCUCUGAGUCUUCUGAACGUCUCACAUCUAGAUCCAAAUCUGUUGAAGAAAUAGAGGUUGAGGAGCCUUCACAGAGGUCUCGAAGUAGCCGCUCCAAGUCUUCUGAACGUGUCACGUCUAAAUCCAAAUCUGUUGAAGAAAUAGAGGCCCAGGAGCCUGCAGAGAAGUCUCGAAGCAGCCGCUCUGAGUCUUCUGAACGUGUCACGUCUAAAUCCAAAUCUGUUGAAGAAAUAGAAGCUCAGGAGCCUGCAGAGAGGUCUCAAAGCAGCCGCUCUGAAUCUUUGGAACGUCAAAUGUCUAAAUCCAAAUCUGUUGAAAAAGUAGAAUGCAAAGAUUCUUCACAGAGGUCUCGAAGUAGCCGCUCCAAGUCUUCUGAACGUGUCACGUCUAAAUCCAAAUCUGUUGAAGAAAUAGAGGCCCAGGAGCCUGCAGAGAAGUCUCGAAGCAGCCGCUCUGAGUCUUCUGAACGUCUCACAUCUAGAUCCAAAUCUGUUGAAGAAAUAGAGGUUGCGGAGCCUUCACCGAGGUCUCGAAGUAGCCGCUCUGAGUCUUCUGAACGUCACACAUCCAGAUCGAAAUCUGUUGAAGAAAUAGAGGUUGCGGAGCCUUCACCGAGGUCUCGAAGUAGCCGCUCCAAGUCUUCUGACGGUCACAAGUCCAGAUCCAAAUCUGUUGAAGAAAUAGAGGUUGCGGAGCCUUCACCGAGGUCUCGAAGUAGCCGCUCCAAGUCUUCUGAACGUGUCAAGUCCAGAUCGAAAUCUGUUGAAGAAAUAGAGGUUCAGGAGCUUUCACAGAGGUCUCGAAGUAGCCGCUCCAAGUCUUCUGAACGUGUCAAGUCCAGAUUGAAAUCUGUUGAAGAAAUAGAGGUUCAGGAGAUUUCACAGAGGUCUCGAAGUAGCCGCUCCAAGUCUUCUGAACGUCACAAGUCCAGAUCCAACUCUGUUGAAGAAAUAGAGGUUCAGGACCCUUUACAGAGAUCUCGAAGUAGCCGCUCCAAAUCUUCUGAACAUCGCAUGUCUAGAUCCACAUCUGUUGAAGAAAUAGAGGUUGAGGAGCCUUCACAGAGGUCUCGAAGCAGCCGCCCGGAGUCCUUGGAACGUCAAAAGUCUAGAUCCAAAUCUGUUGAAAAAAUAGAGGGCAAAGAUUCUUCACCGCGGUCUCGAAGUAGCCGCUCCAAGUCUUCUGAACGUGUCACGUCUAAAUCCAAAUCUGUUGACGAAAUAGAAGCUCAGGAGCCUGUAGAGAGGUCUCAAAGCAGCUGCUCUGAGUCUUUGGAACGUCAAAUGUCUAGAUGCAAAUCUGUUGAAAAAAUAGAGGGCAAAGAUUCUUCACCGCGGUCUCGAAGUAGCCGCUCCAAGUCUUCUGAACGUGACUGGUCCAGAUCCAAAUCUGAUGAAGAAAUGGAGGUUCAGGAGCUUUCACUUAGGUCUCGAAGUAGCCGCUCCAAGUCUUCUGAACGUGUCACGUCUAAAUCCAAAUCUGUUGAAGAAAUAGAAUCUCAGGAGCCUGUAGAGAGGUCUCGAAGCAGCCGCCCGGAGUCCUUGGAACGUCAAAAGUCUAGAUCCAAAUCUGUUGAAAAAAUAGAGGGCAAAGAUUCUUCACCGCGGUCUCGAAGUAGCCGCUCCAAGUCUUCUGAACAUGACAGGUCCAGAUCCAAAUCUGAUGAAGAAAUGGAGGUUCAGGAGCUUUCAUUUAGGUCUCGAAGUAGCCGCUCCAAGUCUUCUGAACGUGUCACGUCUAAAUCCAAAUCUGUUGAAGAAAUAGAAGCUCAGGAGCCUGUAGAGAGGUCUCAAAGCAGCUGCUCUGAGUCUUUGGAACAUCAAAUGUCUAGAUCCAAAUCUGUUGAAAAAGCAGAAUGCAAAGAUUCUUCACCGAGGUCUCGAAGUAGCCGCUCCAAGUCUUCUGAACGUGACAAGUCCAGAUCCAAAUCUGAUGAAGAAAUGGAGGUUCAGGAGCUUUCACAGAGGUCUCGAAGUAGCCGCUCCAAAUCUUCUGAACAUCGCAUGUCUAGAUCCGCAUCUGUUGAAGAAAUAGAGGUUCAGCAACUUUCACAGAGGUCUCGAAGCAGCCGCCCGGAGUCCUUGGAAUGUCAAAAGUCUAGAUCCAAAUCUGUUGAAAAAAUAGAGGGCAAAGAUUCUUCACCGAGGUCUCGAAGUAGCCGCUCCAAGUCUUCUGAACGUGUCAAGUCCAGAUCCAAAUCUGUUGAAGAAAUAGAGGUUGCGGAGCCUUCACAGAGGUCUCGAAGUAGCCGCUCCAAGUCUUCUGAACGUGUCAAGUCCAGAUCCAACUCUGUUGAAGAAAUAGAGGUUCAGGAGCCUUUACAGAGGUCUCGAAGUAGCCGCUCCAAGUCUCCUGAACUUCAAAAGUCCAGAUCCAAAUCUGUUGAAAAAAUAAAGGGCAAAGAUUCUUCGCAGAGGUCUCGGAGUAGCCGCUCCAAAUCUCCUGAACUUCAGAAGCCUAGAUCCAAAUCUGUUGAAAAAAUAAAAGGCAAAGAUUCUUCAAAGAGGUCUCGGAGUAGCCGCUCCAAGUCUCCUGAACUUCAGAAGUCUAGAUCGAAAUCUGUUGAAAAAACAAAGGGCAAAGCGUCUUCACAAAGGUCUAGAAGAAAACGCUCCAAAUCUUCUGAACGUCACAAGUCUAGAUCCAAAUCAGUUGAAAAAGUAGAGGGCAAAGAGUCUUCACAGAGGUCUAGAAGUAAGCGUUCUAAAUCCUCUGAGCGCAAACCACAAAAACAUGAUAGCGAAUCGCGGUCUAGACGAAAUCGGUCUCGGUCAGUAACACGUAAAAGACUGUCAAAAUCUAAAUCUAAUCAUCGAUCUCGGACACGCUCUCUAUCACGUUCAAGACACAGAAGGAGGACUCGGUCAAGAUCAGUGUCGAAAAGGAGACGGUCUUUAUCAAGAGAGAGACACAAAAGAUCUCAAAGGAAUAGAUCAAGGUCUGCUGAUAGAAGAAGAAGAAGAUCAAACUCAAGGGAUCACCGAAUAGUGCUCAGGUUACGGACCAGAAGUCGAACACCUAUUCGACGAAAACGGUCUAGGUCAGUGGGAAGAAGACGAAGCUCUAGCAAAUCACCAGUUCGACUAAGACGAUCAAGAUCACCUGGGAGAAGAAGAUGCUAUAGCAGAUCACCUGACCGUCAGAGAAGGUCCAGAUCAUCCGAUAAGUUUUCAAGCAGAUCACCUAAACGUCUUACAGACUUAGACAAGGCCCAGCUACUUGAAAUAGCCAAAGCUAAUGCAGCUGCCAUGUGUGCUAAGGCUGGUGUCCCCUUACCACCAAGCCUACUGCCUAUUAUAGCUCCAGCAAAGAAGGAGGAGAAAGUUACUCAGAAGUCAGCAAGAGAUACAAUAAAGGAGCUCACUGAGAAAUGCAAGAAGAUUGCACAAAGCACAGAUGACGUGAUCGUGAACAAGCCUCAUGAUUCUGAUGAAGAGGAGGAAGAACGCCCUUUCUACAAUCAUCCUUUUAAACUCAAUGAACCUAAACCCAUUUUUUUCAACUUAAAUACCACUCCUAUCGUAAAACCAGCACCAAAAAAUCAGGUAACUUUGACAAAGGAGUUCCCUGUCUCAUCUGGGUCUCAACACAGGAAAAAGGAAGCUGACAGUGUCUAUGGAGAAUGGGUUCCAGUUGAGAAAAACAAAGAAGAAAGCAAAGAUGAUGUUUUCCCCAAACCAGCUCUUGCACAGACUGUGGACAUCUCUACAGCAAUGAAUGAACGAACAAUGGCUCAGAAGAGGCUUACAGAAAAUACAUUUGACUUAGAGGCCAUGUGCUUGUUAAAUCGUGCACAGGAACAGAUUGAUGCUUGGGCGCAGUCAAACUCUCUGCCGGGCCAAUUCACAGGAAGUACUGGAGCACAGAUUUUGUCCUCAGAUGAGUUGUCCAACAGUGGCCCCCAAGCAUGGAUUAGAAAGGAUCAGUUCUUAAGAGCAGCCCCUGUAACUGGAGGAAUGGGAGCCCAACUGAUGAGAAAAAUGGGCUGGAGAGAAGGAGAGGGAUUAGGAAAAAACAGAGAAGGAACUGUGGAGCCUAUCCUAGUGGAUUUUAAGACAGAUCGAAAAGGCCUUGUUGCAGUGGGAGAAAAGACACAAAAGAGAUCGGGACACUUUAGUGUAAUGAAGGAUCUUUCAGGUAAACAUCCAGUUUCUGCACUGAUGGAGAUAUGUAAUAAAAGAAGAUGGUCACCACCUGUAUUCGUAUUGGUGGAUGAUAGUGGGCCUGAUCAUCGCAAACAUUUUAUCUUCAAGGUGAUGGUCAACGGGCAUGAAUACAGGCCUAGCUUUCCCAGCCUUAAUAAGAAGCAUGCUAAAGCCACAGCAGCAACUGCGGCUCUCCAAGCGAUGGGACUUGUACCAAAGGAAAGCAUGCCCAAUGCCACCAUCUUCAGGAGUGCCUCACACCGCUAGAUAUUGUUUUUUAUAUUGACAUUAUUUCAGAUAAUUUUAUUCUGCACAAGAAAGGUAUUUCCCCGUUUCAUGUUGUAAAUACAUUGGUGAUUCCCACAUUGUAAAAACUGUACAGACACCUUCAGGAUUUUCUUUUGUACCAUCAAAAAUGUAUUUAAAUCAUACUUAGUUUUUGGUAUGUUUAUAUUGUUUACAUUAGUGAUGUAAUUAUUUCUUAAAUGACUAAAUUCAACAGGCAGACUCUGGAGGGCAUCAGUAAUCUAAACCCUUGUUUUAAAACUCAUGCAAUUUCUCUUUGAACCUCAUGCAAGUUUCUCUUCAAUAUGGAAUGUUAACACUUUCAUACUCUUUUGUACUAUAAUGCAGUUUUCCCUGGUCUUGGUAAAGCUACUGUUGUAGUACUUUUGCCUAUAGCCAGUACAAGGCUGCACAGCUUAUCAUAGUCUAGAAAAAGGCUGGUAUGUACUGCUGGACAGAUACUGGGCCAGUAAUGUUACCCCCUCCAAGAAGGUAGGUAAAUUGUGGCACUGUUGUACAAUGCUAACAUUACCACUUCUGUCUUGUUUGGGGUUUAAGUCAAUGGUGUACUGCAACUGGCCAUAUUGCUUACUUUUUAAAGCUAAAAAGACUAGGCAAAUGACCUGGUUUAAAUGGGAGGGAAGAAAGUCCAGCGAUGAAAUUGAUGAGAAUUGCAGUGUAAAAGUGUCUCUCCCCUGCAUGUCCUGGUAAGGAGAUAUGAAAUUGUCUAUUCCAAUCUCAAAUUAACACACUGCCUGAUGUUGAUUGUAUGAAUUUGUGGUUAACGUGAAUUUUAAGCUAUAACAAAUCUACAACUGGAUGGGGGGGUAGAAUGAUGCUUCAAUUGUUGUACCCAACUCAGUCAAUAAAGCCGCACAAGUUCAUAAUCUUAAUCAUUGGUCAGUAAACAGUAAUUAAGAUCUGUGCCAAAGCAGUAAUGUAGAGAGUAUGUAUCAGAGGGGGAGCAAUAGUGAAAUGUUUUCAGUUGUUUAUAAAGUUACCAAGCUAA